UAAGACGGGCAGGCAGGGGGGGCCACACGAGGCUGAACUCCUCAAACGCCGGCGGGGAUUGAAACAGCUGAAGCUUGAAAGCAUUAUUAGUUUCAGGCUUCUAGUACAGCUCCCCACUCUCUGCUGGGAGGUUUCACCGUCACUCUGCACACGGCUGGAGAAAAACAUGUCUAACGUCAACUGGAAGCCCUUUGUUUUCGGCGGGCUGGCGUCUAUGACGGCGGAAUGCGGGACAUUCCCAAUCGACCUGGCCAAGACACGUCUUCAAGUACAAGGCCAGGUGGGGGACAGUAAAUACCGAGAGAUCCGCUACAGAGGCAUGCUCCAUGCUAUAGGGAGGAUAUGCAGAGAGGAGGGGCUCCGGGCUCUGUAUUCAGGAAUAGCUCCAGCCAUUCUACGCCAGGCCUCCUAUGGGACUAUAAAAAUUGGCACAUACCAGAGCUUGAAGCGGCUGGUUGUUGACAGACCAGAGGAUGAGACGUUGCUGACUAAUGUGAUGUGUGGUGUUCUCUCUGGUGUCAUCUCCUCCUCCAUUGCCAACCCCACUGAUGUGCUGAAGAUCCGCAUGCAGGCUCAGGGAAAUGUGAUCCAGGGCAGCAUGAUGGGCAACUUCAUCAACAUCUACCAGGAGGAGGGAACCCGAGGCCUGUGGAAGGGCGUCUCCCUAACAGCUCAGCGAGCGGCCAUCGUGGUCGGGGUUGAGCUGCCGGUCUACGACAUCACCAAGAAGCAUCUGAUCCUGUCUGGUUGCAUGGGGGACACCGUGUACACACACUUUCUGUCUAGUUUUGUGUGUGGUCUUGCGGGAGCUUUGGCCUCAAACCCAGUGGACGUAGUCCGGACACGCAUGAUGAACCAGAGAGGAGGAUCUCUGUACCAGGGGACACUGGACUGUAUACUGCAGACGUGGCGCUCCGAGGGCUUCAUGGCCCUCUACAAGGGCUUCUUCCCCAACUGGCUCCGUCUGGGACCGUGGAACAUCAUCUUCUUCCUCACUUACGAGCAGCUGAAGAAGAUCGAUGUGUGACUGACAGAAUGAGACGGUGAAGUGGAGACGAGUGUGAAAGUGCGCGCUCCGAGACAAGCUGAGAGGACCAAACAUCGGGAAUGGCUGGGUGGGGAUCCUUAAUGGAACCACUGCACUGGGGGCAAAGUAUUGAUGAAGACCCACAUAUUAGGGGCAGUGUGAGAAUCUGCCUGCUUCCUGUUUGGGCUACAUGCUGCCUUAAGCCUGUUGCAAGUGUGGAAGAUGAAAAUAUCUGAUGUUUUAGCUCAUGAAAAUGCUCCGUUGACCAGCUUAAAGGCUCUUUCAAAUUUGUUACUGGCCCUUUAAAUUAAAAAGGCAAAAAUGUUAGAGAAAUGUAAGCUGUUACAUAUUCUUAAGACUGUUCUUUGUAAGGCUUAUUUAUCAUUUCUACAUCUUAGUGUUGUCCAGAUUGAGUGCCUUAGCUUGUGAUGCAGGCGGUCUGUGCCUGAGUUGCAUCAAGACUGAGAAUGUCUGAUAGCAGCUGACAAUCACAGUGAUCAUUCCCUUUUGAUAAGACAAAUGUUUGUUUCUUUCCAGUCAGCAAACUCAGACUGUGAUCUAUAUUUUGUGCUAUUCUAUCAUUUUUAAUUGGGCGUUGGGUUUUGUUUGUUCUAAGAGUCUCUGGAGGAUUUACAGAGCCAAGAGCCAAGAAUACAUGCUGGUGUACUGUAAUAAAUAUGAGGCUCAAGUACAGUGUGGGUGCUCAGACACCGACACGCAUCAGAUGCCCUUAUCAGGCCAGACUGGGGGGGGGGGGUCCCUCGUGCCAGCGAGUGCAGACAGUAAAUAUAACCUGGGGCAGCUGGGGGACGACUCUUCACUCCGUGGUUCGUGCACUAUACAGACUUUAUGUUGGCCUACAUUUUAUAUGACAUACUGCUUUAUGUUUGGACCAAUGGGAUGUAAUGGUACUCAAAUGUGCAUUAUUUAUUCAUUAACACACGUUAAAAUCACUGCACAUGAUCCACUCCAGGUAUAUUUCCAAAAACAGUAUUUGCACGCUGUAUAUUUAAACGUGCGCUAAAGUAAAGAGUGAUGAACUGCUGGCUGUCGUGUGUCUGUGUGUGUGAGAUGCAAUUGCUGCCAAAGUGUAUGCCAGUGCAAUUUUGUCAUACUUAUAAAAGUGGUGUAAACACGCUGCUGAAGCCGUGAGUAUUCAGAAUAAAAUAUGGAAAACACAAAG